AGAGCUGAGAUCAUUAACUCCCCUCAUCUGCAUCCCCCAUUCUUCUUCUGGUUGAAGCCUUUAAAUCCCUCCAGAGUCCUCCAGCUCUAAACAAAAAAACACACACACGCUUAAGUGAAUACUUCUCUCUCGAUAAUCAAAAAAUGUCACUUUCCUCUAACUCAGUGAAACUCAAGUAUUUGAAGCUUGGGUAUCAAUACUUUGUUAACAACAUUCUCAGCUUCUUACUCAUUACAAUCAUGGCUUCCAUUACUCUUCCAGUCCUUCGAAAUGACCACACUAAUAUCAUCGACACAAUAUCUCACCCGCUUGAUCACUUGAAUCUCCUCCAACUCCUUACCUUCACUUUCCUCAUUAUAUUCUUCUCCACUCUCUAUCUCAUGUCCAAGCCUCGCUCCAUUUACCUCGUAGACUUUGCUUGUUACAAACCUCCGGUUGAAUUACAAGUCCCCUUUUCCACCUUCAUGGAACAUUCCAAAAUCAACCUCAAAGACAAUCCCAAAGCAGUAGAGUUCCAAAUGCGUAUCAUAGAACGUGCAGGCCUUGGUGAGGAAACUUCAUUACCUCCUGCAAUCCAUCUCAUACCUCCUAAUCCCACCAUGGAAGCUUCUAGACUCGAAGCAGAGCUCGUAAUCUUCUCUGCUAUGGAUUCUCUGUUUCGAAACACAGGCCUAAAGCCUCGAGAAAUUGACAUUCUCAUCGUUAACUGUAGUCUCUUUUCUCCUACUCCAUCACUUUCAGCGAUGAUUGUCAAUAAAUACAAACUACGAAGUAAUAUUAGAAGCUUCAAUCUGUCUGGUAUGGGGUGUAGUGCUGGAUUAAUAUCCAUUGAUUUAGCCAGAGAUUUAUUACAAACGCAUCCAAAUUCAAACGCUGUCGUAAUCAGUACUGAAAUAAUUACUCCGAAUUAUUACCAAGGCAAAGAGCGAGCCAUGCUUCUCCCAAACUGCCUGUUCCGAAUGGGAGGUGCAGCUAUACUUUUAUCCAACAAAAGGCGUGAUCGUGGACGAGCCAAGUACAGAUUAGUACAUGUAGUCCGAACACAUCUAGGAGGCGACGACAAGGCCUACAGGUGCGUUUAUGAAGAACAAGAUCCACAAGGCAAAACAGGAAUCAGCCUGUCGAAAGACCUCAUGGCAAUUGCAGCAGGGGCACUGAAAUCAAACAUAACUACUCUGGGUCCCCUAGUCCUUCCUGCAUCAGAGCAACUACUUUUUCUCUUCUCGCUUAUCGGAAGAAAAAUAUUUAAUCUGAAAUGGAAACCUUACAUUCCAGAUUUCAAACAAGCCUUUGAACACUUCUGUAUACAUGCUGGUGGGCGCGCUGUGAUUGAUGAACUACAGAAGAAUCUUCAGCUAUCUGCAGAGCAUGUGGAAGCUUCUAGAAUGACAUUGCAUCGAUUUGGUAACACAUCUUCAUCGUCGCUUUGGUAUGAAUUGAGUUACAUAGAAGCGAAAGGGAGGAUGAAGAAAGGGGAUAGGGUUUGGCAAAUUGCGUUUGGGAGUGGGUUUAAGUGUAACAGUGCGGUUUGGAUAUGUAAUAGUACUGUCAAGUCGACGACAAAUGGAGCGUGGAAUGAUUGUAUUCAAAGGUAUCCGGUUCACAUUCCAGAAAUCGUGAAGCUGUAAAUGAUCAGUUGGAUCUGUUCUGAACUGUUUCAAGCAACCAACUCUCUCGAAAACCAGUCAGUUCAAAAAAACGAAGCAUUUCCCGCUAUAGAUAUACCCUUAAAUUUUAUGGUUUCACCCUUAAAAACAUGUAUGAAUGCUAGAGGUUUGUGUGCUACAUGAGUAAAUAUUGGAUUUCACUUGAGGUGCAAAAACACAUAAUUGUCGAAGUUUCAGAGCAAAAAUUGUAGCUAGCUAGCACCUCCUUAGUGAUUCGACAGUUGUAAAUUUGUGUUAUUAGUUAGCUAGUGUCUUCUUUUGAUACAGGGGAAUGCGAGAUUCUAAUAUUUCUUA